AUGGGAAAGGGAAAAAAUAAGCAGCCAGUGGAGAAGGAGGAGAUGAAAAGUGAGGAAAAAAAGGAAGAGAAAAAUACAGGAAAUUCCAAUAAAGAAAUUGUGUUGAAAGUGUUCAUGCAUUGUGAAGGAUGCUGUCAAAAAGUUUCUAGAUGCUUGAAAAGACUUGAUGGAGUGGAAGAUGUUGUGAUAGAUAGUGCAAAUCGCAAGGUGGUUGUGAAGGGGAAAAAUGCAGAUCCACUAAAAGCCCUACAAACACUUCAGAAGAAAUACAGUAGAAAUGUUGAGCUUAUCUCUCCCAAACUAAAACCAGAGGAUAAAAAUAAGAAAAAAGAACCAGAAAAGAAGCAAGAGGUUCAAGUGAAGGUUGUAGUGCUCAAAAUGUACAUGCAUUGUGAAGGUUGUGCAAAUGAUAUGAAGAAAUGUAUAGAGAGAAUGAAAGGAAUUCUAAAUGUGGAAACAAAUAAGGAAACGUCAAGAGUGAUUGUGAAAGGCGCAUUCGAUCCACUGAAGCUUGUUGAAUCCAUUAAGAAGCGACUGAGGAAGCAUGUGGAGAUUGUGAAGCAAGAACAAGGAGAGAAAGUAGGAUCACAAGGCAAGGGCAAUGACAAUAAAAAAGGCACAGAAGGGGGAAUUAAUGUUUUCUAUUAUCCUCCGCAAUACUCAGCUCAACAUAUUUGUCCUAAUCAAAUGUUUAGUGAUGAAAAUGUUUAUUCAUGUUCAAUCAUGUAA